AACUCCCUGAUAAGCAGAAGGAAGUUCUCCGACAAACCAUUCGCAAUCUGUAUGACAAGUUAACCACUCACGGGAAACUUGAUGUCCAAUUGGUAGAUUGGGUUCUAAAGGAGAACAACAGACUAGAAGAUAAAGACAUCCUACUUCGACUAUUUCAACUGUAUGAUAUCAUUUACCCAUGUCCUCCGGAAUCAGGGUCAAAGGUCACUGAAUACUACAUGGCAUGCCUUCUUGAAUCAGAACCAGAAAAUCGUUUUCUGUCACCUUUACAUAGUACAUCAGGUCCUACUCUAUACCUCCACUUUGCUUUUAAAUAUUUACCAGAUGGCUUGUUCCACCAGCUAGUUAUUAGAUGCAUCAAGAAGUGGCGAGAAGCCAAGUUAUUCUAUAAUGACGCCUGGUUUGAUAUUGGAAGGAACCAUAUCCUCAUCAUGUCGAAGAGAGAAUCUGACAUCACCCUUACAGUGAAGACAGAACCGGCAGGAAGCAUAGCUGUGAAAUUACAAUCAUCCUAUGGUCCAGAAGUAAGAAAGUAUGUGGAAGACAGCCUGAAUAUCCUUAUCAAGCGAUACAACCCUGGUCUAUCAUACACACCAUGUUUGAAGUGUCCAUGUGAUAAACAUGAUGUAUUAAAGAUUACACCUGAUGGGAAGGAUAUGGAUGAUGGUUGUGUUGACCGUAGUAAAGAUAGAUGCAUGUACAAAAGCAAAGUUAUCAUGUCUGAUUGGUCCUUCUGGGAAUCUUCAGGAGAAGAUUGCCAACCUGUCAUCACCAAAUUAGAUGUGAAAUCUGGUUGUGUGUCUAUUGAGUGGGACCUGGGUAAAGCGACAUCAGGGUUUAUUAAGAGAUCUGAAGAUAAACUUAACUGGACUGAAAUCAAAGCUGUGAAGGAUAAGACUGGUUCUUACAAGGAUCGUGUAUUACAACCCCAGACUAUAUACUAUUGUAGAAUACAAGGUGAAGAUGACACAUCUGCUGGUUAUACCGUCUCUAUAAAUACUGAAG